CACAGUGACGAUGUUUUGGAAAAAAAAAAGGCAACAGCAGCAACAGCAAACAACAAAUCGGCAAUUUUUGUUUCAAUUUUUCUAGUCGACACAGGCUGAAUACUACGAGAAAGGAACUGAGUGUGUCAUAAAACCACCAACUACUAUACAACCACGACCGAACACCAACGAUUUGAACAACGAUUCAGCUACACACGGUUCGAAUCGUCUCACAGUUUAGUUUAUAACUUCGUUUAAAUAAAAACGGUCGUCGACAGAGAUCAAUGCGUGCUUGCAUAUCGCGCGGGCACUGAAUACUUUUGUUCAACUUGAAUUCAUUCUUCCUCUUUUUCGUUGUUCUUGUGUUCAAGCGUUUUUCUCUCUGUAAUUUUUUUUUUUUUCAUUGAAUUUAAUUCCAUUUUAAAUCAAAAUAACCAACAUCCAAUUAGCCAAGCUGAAUAAUGAUUUUGACAUAAAUAAAUAAAUAAAUAAAUAAUAAAAACGUCCCCGAUACGAAUUCAACAAAAGCAACAAUAAAAUAACAUAAACAAUUCGUAAGAAUAAAAGAUUUGAUUGGCAUUAUGAAGACCGCCAUACGGACGAUUUGAAAAGAUUCGGUUUUUGUUUUGUUCUUUUGAAGGAAUUUUUGGGAGAACAGUAGAUUUUUGAGAAAUCAAUCGGCGUAUUUUCCGUUACUACACGUUUUUUAAUAUCGUUUCAACGAAAUCAGCCCAAAGCAAAGUUGACAUCGAAUGAACGUUUAAUUGGACUGCAUUUAAAAAAAUUGUCAAUAUUGUUGAUCGAAUGCAAAAAGGGAUUCGUUGCGUUCCGAAUGUAUUAAUUGAAGUUACUCGUUUUUAACGCAUUUUAAUUCAAGCACUUGAACGUAUUGAUUUUCGGGAUAUACAAGUCGAACAGUGUUAAAUAUUCAUUAGUUAAAGGUUUCGUGCAGUGACGUCUUACACGAAGUGCUAAAGUGCCGUGGAUUCGCCAGAUCAUCGUUGCUGGAGUGAUUGAACUUUGUGUUUUAACGAGAACUGAGAGAAAAAUAAGCGAUUACUCAUCUCACAAUGGACUUGAAACUGCAGCCACAGAACAUAAAGUUCCAAAAUGUAUCGUACACUGUUACACGAGAAAAAGCUAAAAAGACCAUUUUGAAAGGUGUUUCUGGUGAAUUUAAAUCGGGAGAACUCACUGCAAUCAUGGGGCCUUCAGGAGCUGGAAAAAGUACGCUAUUGAAUAUCCUGACCGGUUUUAUUCAAAACGGUGUCGGUGGAUCGAUACACAUGAACGAUGUUAAAUUGGGCAGUCAAAAAUAUGCGAAAAAAUGCAGUUACAUUUUGCAAGAUGAUAAUUUGUAUCCGAAUUUUACGGUGCACGAAACUAUGGUGCUAGCGGCCAAUUUAAAAAUUGCCGAUAUGUCAAUCGAUGAAAAGAACCUGAUUAUAGACAAUGUGUUGAACACAUUGCAAUUGAUUCGCUCAAAGUUCACAAAAUGUGGUAGCUUGUCUGGUGGCCAACGGAAGCGGUUAUCAAUUGCACUAGAGCUGCUUGAUAAUAGACAAGUACUUUUUCUUGAUGAACCAACCAGUGGCUUGGAUAGUUCAUCGUCAUCGUACUGCGUUCAACUGUUGCACAAUUUAUCUCGAGAAGGUCGAACGAUAAUUUGCACAAUUCAUCAGCCGUCAGCUGCUAUUUACGAAAUGUUCGAUCAAGUGUAUGUUUUGGCUCAAGGUCAGUGUGUGUAUCGCGGUGCGGCUGGAAAUACAUUAUCAUAUCUCGCUGAAAAUGGUCUACAAUGUCCUAUGUACCACAGUUUAGCCGAUUUCUUAAUUGAGGUGGCAAACGGUGAUUAUGGGGAAUUUGUCCCACAAUUAGCGGCAUCCGCAAACCGAUCGCUGUGCUAUCAAACGGAUAAGUCAAACGAUUACGAUGCCGAUGAUCAAAACACACCAGUUAUUAAAGUGGAUACGCUUGGUUGCCCUGAAAUGCCGCUACUGAAGAAACAAUAUUCAAUGGAUGGCAAAGAAGUGAUCCGACCGCCAUCAGAAUGGUCAAAAUUUUGGACGCUCGUUGGCCGGUGCCAAGUUUAUUAUUAUCGUGAUUGGACGGUAACCCACCUGAAAUUAGUAUUGCAUAUUUUAUGUGCAACUCUCAUCGGUUUGCUGUACGGUGAUUCGGGGUCAAAUGCAAGCAAAUCCAUUGAAAAUGUUGGCUUUCUUCUCAUUGGCGUCGCUUAUCUCUGGUACACUACUGUUAUGCCCGGUGUUUUGAAAUUUCCCACCGAAUUAGCAAUUGUACGGAAGGAAACAUUCAACAACUGGUACAAAGUUCGAACGUAUUUCCUGGCCAACACCCUUACCACUACACCAAUUCAUAUCUUGUUCGCCACCAUCUAUUCCACUAUCAUAUUUUGCAUGACUGAUCAGCCGUGGGAAUUGAAUCGAUAUACCCGAUUUACGCUUGUUUAUGUAUUAGUCACAAUUGUUGCUGAUGGUUUGGGUUUACUGUUGGGCGCAAUUGCCAAUCCAGUCAAUGGCACGUUUUGGGCGGCUAUAAUCACGGCAUUUAAAUUGGCAUUUUGCGGAUUUUUGGCACUUUGGUCGCACAUGAUUCCAGCGAUGCGAGUAUUUUCUUAUGUGUCAACACACAGUUACACAUUAGAAGCCCUUGUUUUGUCCGUGUACGAUCACAACCGUGAAGAUAUUUCCUGUCCCGAAGAUAUUGUGUACUGUCAUUACAAAAAUCCGAAGAUGAUAAUUCGUGAGCUUGGCAUGAAUGCGACCAAUUAUGAACUCGAUGUAUCAAUGAUUUUUGUACAUUUAGUUCUAUUCAAAGCCUUGGCAUACAUUAUGUUGAAACGAAGAUUAAAGAAUAUUUAGAUUGUGAUCAUUUAAUUUUUACCAAUUUAGUUAUUUAAAGUGUGUGUAUUUUCGUUUGAUUGUCAAUGCAAAAAUGUAUAUAUUCUAAGUGUGUGGUGUGAAUGAAUGUGAGUGUUUAAUGCAUAUGCAUCACUAAAAUCAUCAAUCAAAAACAUUUUCAAUGAAUAUAAUUCAAAUACCAAUCCAUUUGAUAGUGAUAUUUUGUUCAAAUAGCAGCAGACGAUAAAUAUAUUUGUGGUGUUAAAUUAAAUCUAGGCAUAUUUUUUUGGAGAGAUAGUUUUACGUUAAAUCAAAAUCAAUGAAGUUUCUAUUUAAAUAUUAAUUUUAAAUUUUUUUUUAGUCUUGGUAUUGUCGAGGGUGUUUAAGUCAAGCAGUAAUAUUUUUUUUUAAAUAGUGUAUGAUUGCACGCUAAAUUUAAGUUGAAGAAUUGGAAUGAGAAAUGAAAA